AUGGCACCUAAUGCGCCGGAAGGACCGGAGAUGCUGUGUGGCUGCGUAAACACGGCUCGGCUUCAGCAUCCGCGGCUGAUCGCCUGUCUCUUACUGCUCUGUGCAGUCGGACCUACCGACACCCGUUCAUCUCCGAUAUCGGAUUUAAAAUCUAAAAUAUCAGGGGUAGAGGAGCUGCUGGAGGAAUUCCGCAAGCAGCUGCAGCAGGAGCAGGAGUACCCGCGGGGAGGGGAUGCGGCUGACGCCUGCUUGGGCAGUUUCGGUGCCGUCGGGGAGAACAUCAUCCGCGCCAAGGCCUCCAUAGAGCAAGGGGCCACGUUCCUCUCGGCUCCCCGGAGCAGCUACAGCUGGAAGGACUGUCUCCACGCCUGCUGCUCCGAGCCUCACUGCACCGUGGCCGUGGUCCAGGAAGAUCUCCCGCAGUCGGAGAACAGCAUCAGCUGCUACCUGUUCAACUGUACGUACAAGAAUAAGAAUGUGUGCUCCUUCGCUCCGCAGCCAGGGUUCAGCACCUACCACCGGCCUCCCAACGCCACCGGAGAUGUCCUCACCUCCUCCGCCGCCCACGGAGACGCAAAUAAGAUGAGCAGCUCUAUCAGGAAGCCUGAGCAACGCUUGGAGGAUGAAGAUGAUGAUACCCAAGAGCAGGACGAGCCCCCCCGCAGCGAUGCCGGCCAGGACGUGGUGAUCCAGCUGCCCACAGACUGGGCUGUGCUAGACGGCCGGGGAAGCGUGGAUGACCACGGGAUCAGCCACUACGAAUGGGCUCUCAUCAAGGGGGACACAGUGGUCAAUAUGGAGGGGACUCAUCCGGGGCUGCUGGAGAUCAGUGGUCUUCAGCAGGGCGUGUACACCUUUCAGAUGACCGUCACCGACACCGCCGGCCAGAAGAGCUCUGACAACGUCUCCGUCACCGUGCUGGCUCCAGAGCAUAAAGCAGAAGUGUGUACAGGUCACUGCUCCCGCUACCAGUUUAUGUGCGAUGAUGGCUGCUGCAUCGACAUCACCUACGCCUGUGAUGGAAAGCAGCACUGUCCAGACCGGUCAGAUGAGGCCUUCUGCCACAACAUUGAUAGCAGCAGGAAGUCAGUGACCCACCCUGCUGGGGUAUCCGGUCCUCACAGAGUUGGGGCUAAGAUGGAGGGGACUGAGGAGGACCACAUGUUCCAAGAGAGCCCCGGGAGGACAAUUCAGAGUGUCGUACUACCACAGGCACCUAUUGAAUCUCAGCACAGGGCCAAGGUUGCUCCUCUUCCACCCGACCACUCACAAAAUCCCAAUCAACAAGAAGGCUCACCUAGCCAAGGUCCCUGUGUCUCCCCCCCUGAUUUCGGGCCUUGUAAAGCAGCCUUCCCACGCUGGUACUAUGACAGAAAAGCAGGAGCAUGUAAACACUUCCUCUAUGGGGGCUGCAAGGGCAACCACAACAACUUCCUCCAGGAGGCUGAUUGUGUCAGCGAAUGUAUGCAAAAAACAGCAACUGUGGCCUCGCCCACCAUCAGACAGAUCGAGACAGCUGCACCUAAGCUACCUGGUUCACGAAGCCAACAGGAGAGUGACGUCUAUAUCACCAAGCCAUAUCCAGUGAAGGGAGGGCAUCCAGUGCCCGAGUCAGGUGCCAUCCUUCCAUUGGCGCUUGGGCUGAUCAUCACUGCAUUGCUGCUUUUGAUGAUUGGCUGUCGUCUUAAACUGGUUGGCCGCAGGAUGAAGAAGGCCCGCCCCCUCACCACCGAGGAGUCGGAUUACCUCAUUAAUGGCAUGUACCUGUAG